AUGGCCGUGGACCCAGAUGAAGCUGAUAGGGAAUACAUUUCUCAGAACAGUGAUGCAGACUUGCAGUUUAUCCUGAGUGAAUCUGGCGUUUCCGUUCACAGACAGGCUGCAAUUGCAAGGAGAUAUGGGUCCCUUAGGAAGUUCAAUGCAAUCGGUGACGACAGGUCUCAGAUUCGUACAGCUUGUUUGCAGGACUUUGCAAUUCCCCAAGAUACCCCUGAGAACAGGGCUGAGGUAGCUUCAAUUGUGGCGGCAUGGGAAACAGCAAAAGAAUUUGUUGCGAAAGAGAUUGAAUUACGCGCCGAGGCAAAGGUUUUAGGCCAGCCAAAGAUUCUUCAGUCUCAUGAGAGGCAAUCAAUGAUUCGUGCUGUUGAAAGGAUCCAUGGUUGUCUUGGUGAGUCUGAGACGCCCAGCUCAGACAACUUGGCACUCAAAGCGGAGGAGACGGAGCUCAACGAGCCAGUGGCCUCGCCCUUGGACGAAAUAAUCAGUAAACGAGACAAUGCAAGCUCACAUAUUCAGUCAACAGUGGAUUCUUCAGGGCAUUUGAGGGUCACUCGGACCAAAAACAAAGCCAGGAUGCCCAGCAACACUGAGGAAUAUCGAAAGAUCAUGAGGGGCGAAGAAUUGGCUUCAUGGUUUGGAGGCAUCGGAUUUCAACAAAUUUGUCGAUUUCAUUUGGGAGAGAGAGUGUUGGGAAUACAGAUUCCAGCUGCAGAUGGAACACAACAGAAGGUCAAACCUGAUUGGAGGAUCAUUUUAGCGUUUGAACACAAGCUGAGAAAAGAAGCCAUGCGCCUGGUGAUCAAUGAGGGCUACACCUUAGCCAAUGCAUUGCGUGCAGUUACAAAGGAUGCUGACCUGAAAGAAGCAUUUUUCACGACGCCUGUUGCAUUGCGUGCUGCAACAGCUGAUGUUCCACAGAACAAAUGGCCUCGUUUCAAUAGCAAAGGUUCCUUUUCUGGAGGGAAGUCAGGACAGCAGGCUUCGAAAGGAAAGGGAAAAACUGGAAAGUCAAAGGGAAAAGAUUCGAGGCUUGCAGGUCUGCAGCUUGCUUGGAGGACACCCGAUGGUCGGGUGGCAAAUUUAUCAUCGAGCAUCCGGAAGACUUGGGACUUGUCAAAGAUGAGCGGCCUGGAUCCAUCUGGCAAUGGUCAGAAGUUCUUGACCUCAUUCCUUCAUGUGGCGCUUGCACUUUUGCAAUACAACAAUGACGCAGCCACCCCCCUUGAUUUGCCAAUCGAUGCCGAAGAGUUUGAUGUAGCAAGGUGUGGAAAUCAUGGGCCACCGAUCAAAGUGGAAUGGGAUGGCAAAUCUCACGACCUCAUAGAUGGUUUUGGGUUGUGCUCUCCCACGAGAUGGCAUCCCCGUUCCAGGGGGCAUAACCGCACUGUUGAAAUGAAGAAGUUGGCGGCCGAGACCUUUAAGCGUUUACAGUCAGCAGUUACGGAGUCGAUACAAGAUGUGAGGAAGGAUGCGUUUCGUCUGGUUACUGGCAAAAUUCAAUCUUCUCCUUUUACUGAAGAGGUGCUGAACAAAGUGCGGGGGGAAGUGGCCAUGUUGCUGAGGGAUCCAGAAGAUGCGUUGGUUAGAGAUGAGGGCCAGCCUUUCUUUCUACGGAUGUUGGCGCAGUGGCUGGAAGUUUUUGGUGAUCCAGAUGUUCAGUGUUUGGUGAGUGAUACUGACUCGUACGCUACUGGCGUUAGCGUUGGAGUGGACGCCCCAUUGCCCAGGUCACCGCAAAUUUUUCCACCGAAGUUGAAGCAUAGGAAGUUGGAUGGAACUGAGUUCAAUCCAAUUGCUGACAACUACGUUUCUGGGCAGAUCUCUUCAAAGGAGCUGGAGGAGAAAUUUAGAGAAGAAGAAGCACUUGGCCGAAUGGAACCUUCAAGAAUGUCAGUUCUCAAGGCCAAGUAUGGUGAUAAGCUGCGAGUCGCAGCAAUGGCGGCGAUUGUCAAGCCGGAUGGUGGAGUCCGUCCAUUACACGACGCCACCCACUCAGUCAUGGUCAACCACUCCAUUGUUUACAGGGAUCAGCUACAAUGCCCAGGCCCAGCAGAGGUGGCCGCCGUAGUACGGGAGGCGGUGGAGUCUAGGGAAGCAGCCUUUUGUGUAUCAGCAGACAUCAAGGCAGCCCAUCGCUUGGUGAAGAUCAGAGAAGCUGACUGGCCUUAUAUUUGCUGCCGUGCGGAUUCUUUAUCCGAAACUGUUUGGAUCAACAAGACUGGGACUUUUGGAGUGUCAAGUGCUCCGUACUGGUGGUCGAAGCUUUUUGCAGCCAUUGGGCGGUUUGUAGGACAUGUGAUGCAGACAACAGUGUUUUGGCAUUUGGUUUACGUGGAUGAUUUGCAUGGAGCAUUUGCAGGUCGAUGGAAGUUUGAUAUGCUCUGGGUUUGGCUCCUUGCGUUUGAGGUGAUUGGGACACCUUUUGGGUAUCAUAAGUUCAAGGGAGGCUUCUCAUCUGACUUCGUUGGUUUCCAUUUGCGUUAUGACAAAUGCGAAGUUGGCAUUACUGAAAAGAGGGGGAUGUGGCUUUUCAAUUGGAUCAAGGCGUUGAUAGAGAAGAAGUUUGUGGUUCAGGCCAGGGAGUUCAGUGAGUUCCUUGGCCGCCUUGGUUUUGUGGCUCAAUUGUUGACGUGGCUCAAGCCGCAUCUGGCACCAUUGUUCGCUUGGAGUGCUGUUGCGACGCCGGGGCUGGUUGGGAAGCUUCCGGAUACGGUCAUCUU